GGCUGAGAGCCUUUCGCCGUCCCUAGUAAAUAUUAAGUACCUACAUGGCGGUGGCGCUUACACAUAAACUCCUAGUCGGUUUGUGACCUCAUUCUUCUUCUUCCUCCUCUGACCCAACACCCUUAAAACUCCAUAACCAAAACUCUCUCUUCCCUCCAAAGUUCCCACCUUUUUGAUUCCCAGAGCCAUAAAAAUAUGACAUUUUCUCGGGGAUUUUCUAGGCUCCCAAGAAGCAGCUUCAAUGGGCUGUGUCGCCGUCUGCUCUCUAAUCGACCAGACCCAAAUCAAAUCUUGGCCUCCAGAGCUUGUUCUCAGACUCUGUGGGAUUCGACCCAGAUGAUUUUGGGUUGCAGAAAGUUUUGGUCUACGGGGUUGCCUACUUUCCCGGGCUCUUUAACUUCUAGGCAUCAAAUUCACCACCAAAGUAACUCCAUAGUUGAGGAACUGCAAGACCCGUUCUCGCUUGUUUCUGAUGAACUAUCACUAAUUGCUGACAGGUUGCGAGCUAUGGUAGUUGCUAAGGUUCCUAAGCUUGCGUCUGCUGCUGAGUACUUCUUUAAAAUGGGGGUGGAAGGAAAGAGGUUUCGUCCUACGGUCUUAUUAUUGAUGUCAACAGCACUGAAUGGCAGUAUACCUGAGCCUUCUACGCAACCUGAACCCCCUAUGCGAUUGGAAGAUGCUUUCCCGACUGAACUGCGAGCGAGACAACAAGUUAUAGCAGAAGUGACAGAAAUGAUUCAUGUGGCAAGCCUCCUACAUGAUGAUGUAUUGGAUGAUGCAGACACAAGACGUGGUGUUGGAUCAUUAAAUUCCGUAAUGGGAAAUAAGCUAGCUGUAUUAUCUGGAGAUUUCUUGCUAUCUCGAGCUUGUGUUGCACUUGCGUCUCUAAGAAACACAGAGGUGGUGUCACUACUAUCAACAGUUGUAGAGCACCUUGUUACGGGUGAAACUAUGCAAAUGACUACAGCAGCUGAUCAACGUUGUAGCAUGGAAUAUUAUUUGGAAAAGACGUAUUACAAGACUGCGUCAUUGAUUUCAAACAGUUGCAAGGCAAUUGCCAUUCUUGCUGGGCAUACAACAGACGUUGCUAUGUUGGCUUUUGACUAUGGAAAAAAUCUGGGAUUGGCAUUUCAAUUGAUAGAUGAUGUCCUUGAUUUUACCGGCACGUCAGCGUCUCUUGGAAAGGGUCCUUUAUCUGACAUCCGUCAUGGCAUAAUUACUGCUCCAAUAUUAUUUGCAAUGGAAGAGCUCCCUCAGUUGCGUGCUGUGGUUGAACAAGGAUUUGACAAUCCUGCAAAUGUUGAGAUUGCUCUUGAGUACCUUGCUAAGAGCAAUGGAAUACAGAGGACAAGGGAGUUAGCCCGAAAACAUGCAAGUCUUGCUGCAGAGGCAAUUGAAUCUCUGCCAGAGAGCCACGACGAAGAUGUGCUAAGAUCAAGGAGGGCGCUCCUAGAUCUCACUCAUAUAGUCAUUACAAGAAACAAGUAACAUUGAAAACCCACACCUUAAAUAACACUGUUGAAAUUGUCAAGCGUAUUGGUUGUUCCCGCAAGGCUGAGGAAGAAUUUUGUUGUUUUGAUAAUCAAAAUUUGUUCCCCACGAAGAUCACUUGCAGGUAGUGUGCAUUGUAGUUCUUAAUUCAUUGCACUUGCAUUUUUCAUUUAUAUUUAAUUAUGUAAUCCGUACUUAUAAAAGUAAGGAUUACCAGUGUAGCCCCAUUCUGCUGAAAGAGCCAUGGAUCGUAUCUUGUAUACUUUAAAGUGAAGAUGAGAUUGACUGCA